AUGUCUGCAGUUACUAGAGAUAUCCCUAAAACUCCAAAACAAUUUGCAUAUAAUUGGAUCCCAAGAAUACGUAAAGAAAUUACAUUAACAAAAGAUCAACAAUCAUUAGCUGAAACUGAAGAAGAAUAUAAAGUUCGUCUUGAACAAGCUGAUUCUUUAGGUAAAUUUAAAAAAUAUUUACCAAUCAUAACAACUGGUGCUGGUUUAUUUUCUGAUGGUUAUGUUAAUAACUCUAUUGGUACUGCUUCAACUUGUUUAAAAUUAUUAUAUCCUGAUGAAUAUGGUAAUUCAACAGCUAUAAGUAAUGUCACUUCAAUUGCUUUUGUUGGUACCGUUGUUGGUAUGUUAAUUUUUGGUGUUGUUUCAGAUUAUCAUUCAAGAAAAUUUUCAAUGAUGGUUGGUACUGGUAUUUUAAUUAUUUUCACAAUUUUAUGUUCAGGUUCUUGGGGUUAUAAAGGUUCUAUUCAUGGUAUGCUUGCUGCUUUAACCGCUUUUAGAUUCUUCUUGGGUAUUGGUAUUGGUUCUGAAUAUCCAGCUGGUUCAACUGCUUGUGCUGAAGCUUCUGCUUUAUUACCACCUGGUAAAAGAAAUCGUUGGUUUUGUUGGUUUACAAAUUUUAUGAUUGAUACUGGGUUUGUUGUUAGUGCUUUUGUUCCAAUGGUAUUACUUUGGAUUUGUACUCCAAAACAUCUUGAACCUGUUUGGAGAGUUUCAAUUGGGUUAGGUGCAAUUCCUCCAAUUUCUUUAUUUAUUUUACGUAUUUUCUACAAGGAAGGUGAAGUUUUCAAAAAAACUCAAUUCAAAAAAGUUAGAGUUCCAUAUUGGUCAAUUUUAAAAUUUUAUUGGUUUAGAUUAGCUAUUGUUUCAAUUAUUUGGUUUAUUUAUGAUUUUAGUGCUUAUGCAUUUGGUUUAUUUUCUUCAUAUGUUAUUUCAGGUUUAUAUGAUUCAUCAGAUUUAUAUAAAGUUUUCGGUUGGAAUGUUGUUUUAAAUUUAUUUUAUAUUCCAGGUGCUUUCUUAGGUGCUAUUGCUUCUGAUUAUUUAGGUCCAAGAUUAACUUUAGUUAUUGGUGUUUCAUUACAAUCAAUCAUUGGUUAUAUCAUGGCUGGAUGUUUUGAAUCUUUGAAGAAACAUGUUGCAGGUUUUGUUGUUGUUUAUGGUAUCUUCAUGACUUUAGGUGAAUUUGGUCCAGGUGAUAAUAUUGGACUAUUAGCUUCUAAAACUUCAUGUACACCAAUUAGAGGUCAAUAUUAUGGUAUUGCAGCAGCUAUUGGUAAAGUUGGUGCAUUUAUUGGUACUUAUUGUUUCACUCCAUUAACUGAAAAACAUGGUACUCAAUCAGCUUGGUGGUUAGCUUCUUCAUUAGGUUUAUUAGCUGCCUUCUUGGCUUUAUUUUUAUUACCUCCAGUUGAUCAAUCUGCUAUGCAAGCUGAAGAUGCAAAAUUUUUAGAAUAUUUAAGUUCAACAGGUUUUGAUAUUAGUCAAUUAGGUGAUGGUGAAUCAAUUAAUGGUGAAUCUGAAUCUAUUGGUGAAAAGACAAAUAUUAUUCAAAAAGUUGCUGAAAAAGAUGGUGCUUCAUCUUUAGAAAAAAUUAGUUCAUAA